CAAUCCGGCUGCAAUCGCGGUCGGAAGGCAUUGCGCGCGUUGGUCUUCCGAGGUGCUAAGCGAGGUUUGCGCGGAGGCGCUUCGGGGAUCCGGCUGGCUUCCCACCGUCUCCGGCCCGCAGACCAACUUGGGAGCCGCUUCUCCACCUGCGGCCAAUCGGAGGCGAAGGACACGCCUCGGCUGCAAACCCGAAGCCCGGCCCGGCGUCUCUUGCAACAUGCGGCGGCGGCGGGGCGGGGGGGCAGCGGCAGGAAGCGGGCGCCUCCGACUGGCUGACCCCGCGCUUCUCCAGUCGCUUCGGCCGAGCGGACGGCAGCCAUGGGCAGCCCCGGGGCGUGCUGCGGGGCCCUCCGCGGCUUCCUCUUCGAGUACGACACCCCGCGGAUCGUCUCCAUCAAGAGCCGCAAAGUGGGGCUCAUGAACCGGCUGGUCCAGCUGGCAAUUUUGGCCUACGUCAUCGGUUGGGUCUUUGUGUGGAAAAAAGGUUACCAAGAAACCGACUCAGUGGUGAGCUCAGUAACCACCAAGGUGAAAGGCGUCACCAUGACCAACACCUCUGACUUGGGUCCCAGGGUUUGGGAUGCGGCUGAUUACGUGAUUCCCCCCCAGGCUGAGAAUUCGGUUUUCAUCAUGACAAAUAUGAUCAUCACGCUGAAUCAGACCCAAGGGCUUUGUCCAGAGUUCCCAGAUAAGACCACCACAUGCAACUCCGAGGCAGACUGCAGAAAAGGCUACGUCAGCACCCACAGCAACGGUAUUCAGACCGGAAAGUGCAGAGUGUACAACCUUACAGAUCCCUCCAUCAAGACUUGCGAGGUCUUUGCUUGGUGUCCGGUGGAGAAUGAUGACAACGUCCCCAAGCCAGCUUUCCUGCGGGAUGCUGAGGAGUUUACCCUUCUCGUGAAGAACAGCAUUUGGUACCCAAAGUUCAACUUUACAAAGAGAAACAUUCUUCCUACCAUCAAUCACACCUACCUCAAGGACUGCAAAUACAACGCCAAGACUGACCCUUUUUGCCCAAUUUUUCGCCUCGGGGACAUAGUUGAAGCUGCUGGCCAGAACUUCCAAGAGAUGGCCAUUGAGGGUGGCGUGAUGGGACUGCAGAUCCGAUGGGACUGCAACUUAGAUUUCCCAGCUUCUCGUUGCGUGCCAAAGUAUUCCUUUCGGCGAAUUGACAACAAGGAUUCUCCUCAUUCCGUUUCCCCAGGAUACAACUUCAGGUUUGCCAAAUACUACCGGACAUCUCCCAACAUCGAGUACCGGACCCUCACCAAGGCCUAUGGCAUACGUUUCGACAUUAUGGUAUUUGGCGAGGCUGGAAAGUUUGAUAUCAUCCCCACGAUGAUCAAUAUUGGAUCCGGCUUGGCCCUGUUCGGCGUGACCACUGUCCUGUGCGAUAUCAUCGUCCUGUAUUUUAUGAAGAAAAGGUACUACUACAGAGAAAAGAAAUACAAAUAUGUGGAAGACUAUGAACUGCAGGGGGACCAUGAAACGUAUGGAUCCCAGACAGAAGUUCAAGACUGCUCCACAAUGCGAUGAUUCUUCACAAACAGAUCCUGCUCAUUUUGUUUCCUCCCUGGAAAAGAGCAGUUCUGUCCACCUUCGCUUCUGUUGGCGGCAUCCUGGAUCCACCUAGAGAUUCUCCCAAGGAAAGCAACGUUCUCCUGCAAAUCCUCAAUGCUUUUGGGAUGUAGGGUCUGCCGAGCUUUGAGUAGUCCGAGAUAAUUCCGAAUCAGAUCUUCUAUGUGCCUUUCCCACCGUUCAGUUCAUGGACAGAUGGGAUGCAGGGAGAGGUGGUGGGACCAAGAUACUUCUUUGAUAUUUCUAGACUUGCCAGUUUCUGGUGUGCUUCCUUUUUUCACUCUUUGGAAAGGGUGGAAAGAUUUGCCUUGCACUUACUUGUUUGGACACUUGUCUUCCAUAGUCACCCUUUUAAAAAGUGCCACUUGGGGCAAUUAGUAGCCUCUAUUGCUGGAAUUCAACAGACCUUGAGAAUUCCCUCUCAAGUACAAUUCCACUCUGGAAAUUGCCAGGAUAUUAAAUAAAUGUGACAUGCAGGCGUGUCAACCUCCAGCUUCUACUACUGUGUUCCUACUGCCCUGCUUAUAUCCACGGAAAUUUAAUAUAUAAAUGAAAAGAUAAUGGCACUUUCCCUGUUUUAGGAGAUGAAUGUAAGGCAGUAUCAAUGAGAAUUAUCUAUUUUGCAAGAGAAAAUAAAGAUUGGGAAAUAUGAUUUA